GCUCCGGUUGUGCUGCUGCAUCCUCAGCCGCUUCCGCUACCAGUUCCAGCCUCAGCCCAACAGGAGGCCUUAGCGAAUUUCGACGGAAAGGACUCGAACGAACUGCGUCUUCAGAAUGUUUUGCUGCCGGAGGGUGCCAUCUUUCAACUUCCCUCUUGUAGCUCAGAGGUCACCUACGGACAUUCCACGGCCUAUUUUAGAGCUACGUGA